AUGGAUGCGCGUCAAACAUCACGUCGUCGUCGGUCAAACGCGAACGCCUCCUCUUCUUUCCUUUCUUCGACUGAAAAUAAAACAAAGACAACCACACCGAGAAGACGAGACGCGAAAAUGAUGAUGCGAAUAUUCUAUCCCUCGGAGUAUUUCGAAGAAGAAGACGAAGAAAAAGAAGUUUACGGUUGGAUAUUUCGAAGCGAUGAUGGAUUUAUGGAUACAGACGAUACAGACGAGGACGAACAGAGGAGAGGAGAAAAACGAGAGAUUUGGAACUGCGUGGUGAGCGAAAUUGGCGCGAAGAAGAUUACCUUCGAUUCCUCUUCUUCUUCUUCUUCUUCUCAACUCUCCGAGGAUGAUGAUGAUGAUGAUGAUGAUGCCGUUCUGCGAAUUUUGUUCCCACGACGAAACCACAAGAAAGAAACCAUUAAGAGGAACGUUAUUAAAGUCAUCGAGGCGAAACGAAUAGGCAAAAUAAUAUUUAGAAACGACGAUAUCGAUAUCGAUGAGCAUAAAGAGUACAACAAUAAGAACGACGAGAACGACAACGACGACGCAAACGACGCCGAAGUUUAUUUCGUGACUUUUCGCUUAAAAGCGUGUUCCCACCGCGUGCCGUUCUCGGUGAGCGUCGUCGACUCGAAGGGACGAAAGAGAGAGUUUGACGACAUAUUGUUCGUUUCGGUCGCUCGCGAGGCCAUCGACGCGACGACGAAUAAUAGUAACGCGCAUGAGAGUGAUAACAGUCGUCGUUCUCAGCACACAGAGGUAAAAAGAACGGGGCUAGAUGCAAUCGUCAAGGUGCUGUCUUUGUCUUCCUUGGCGUCCUACGAACGACAGCAAAAAAAAGCGAGGAAAAGUAAAAAAGGAACGAGCAACAACGCUUUCCUCACCUCGAUUUCCUCCGCAUUCCUCUCGCCGGUGCAUAAAGUCUUGGACGAGUACGAGUUUGUGCCGUAUUUUUCCGGAAGUGGGAAAGGAAACAGUAGCUGGAAAGAUGGCAAAUUGAAACGGAAACCAAUAUCUGGCGUGAGCAUCAGCUCGCGUUUGCUCGCGACGCGCGUAGCGAUACUGUUACGACGACGUGUAUAUCAGGCGCCUAUGCUCAAAUCGAUAGUCGCGUUUGCAUUCGAUGUUUUCCUCGCGCGAGCAUGUUUCGCGCGAAUAGCAUCCCGGGUUCAAAUGAUGUCUUCCGGGUUCAUCAACGGCGACUAUUUAAUUCGCAACGCGAAUUGGCUCGCCAAAGGUGACCCGUUGGGGGUCAAGCUUCACUUACCGUUGAGUCGAACGUUGAGUGGGUUAGCCAUAGUACUUGCGGAGGGAUACGCCUCCGUUUUAGGCGUUCGAUUCGAUACCAUCGUCCGAAAUAUCGAUGAACGUCUGUGGUUCCUCGGUCUCACGACGCAACUCGCGUUUUUAUCCGACUGCAUGUUCCUAUUCACCUCGCACGCCGCCGCGUUGCACGUGUAUUCGAGUUUACUCAUCACCGCUCAAGUUGCGUUUGGAAAAUUUUGUUACGAGGCUGGUUUCGGUCGUCCCUUGCAACGACGGAAAGAAGAGGAACACACCACGAAGAGACAGUCCACGGAAAGUCUCGUGUUUGGUGUUCUUUUCGUGCCACCCAUUUUCCUCUUCUUCCCGACGACGUUUGCGUAUUUUGCGAGCUACUUGGUCUUACACGCGGCUGCGUUGUUGGUGCGAGCGAUGGUGGUAUUUCUAGUUUCUUCGCUGGAGAGCAUUAAAAUAUAUUUUGUUGAGGAUGGUUCUUUUGACGAGGAUGAUGGAAUAAUAGUGUUAUUCAGAGCGGUAACAGUUUUGGGGGAAACGCAAAAGCUCGUUAAAUUGGUACAACAAAAACAGUCAAGAAGAGGGAAAAAAUUUCUACGAAAAUAUUGCAAACACGUCGUUCAGUUUUGGUGGGGUUUUGAGAGGUUCGAGAAGAACAACAACAACAAUUAUGGGUUCAUGGGUUCGUGCGUGAACGCUUUGCGUUGCUUUGGUCGAUUACCGGUGGCGUCGUUGAAACCUUUUUUUGAAGUUUGA